AUGUACCUUGACAAACACAUCAAAAGAUGCCACUACGAGGAAUAUGUGAGACUGCAGAAAUUUGGAGAGAUUAUAUCUGAGGUUCAGAGGCCCACAAAAGGCUCAAAUAGUCAGCAAAUGUCAUCUGUCACUCUUAGUUCAGACACUUCUCCCAGAGAAAUGCAGAAGGAAAUUCACCACUGUGCAGACUGUGGAAAAAGAUUUACUCGACAGGGUAAUCUUCAACGACACCAGCACAUUCACUCAAGAGAGAAACCGUAUAACUGCUCAGAGUGUGGAAAGAGUUUUAAUCGAAAGGAUCAUCUCCAACAACACCAGCGUAUGCACGCAGGAGAGAAGCUGCAUCACUGUUCAGAGUGUGGAAAGAGUUUUACUGAUCAGAUUCAUCUCCAACAACACCAGCGCAUUCACACAGGAGAGAAGGCAUAUCACUGCUCAGAGUGUGGAAAGAGUUUUACUGAUCAGAGUUCUGUACAGCGACACCAGCGGAUUCACACAGGAGAGAAGCCUUAUCAAUGCUCACAGUGUGGAAAGAGGUUUCGUCAUCAGGGUAAUCUUCAACGACAUCAGCGCAUUCACACAGGAGAGAAGCCGUAUCAUUGCACGCAGUGCGGAAAGAGUUUCUCUCAACAGAGUCAUUUCCAGCAACAUCAGCGCAUUCACACAGGAGAGAAGCCGUAUCACUGCCCACAGUGUGGAAAGAGUUUUACUCAUCAGGAUAAUCUUCAACUACACCAGCGCGUUCACACAGGAGAGAAGCCGUAUCACUGCUUGCAGUGUGGAAAAAGGUUUAGUCAUCAGAGUAAUCUUCAACGACACCAGCGUAUCCACACAGGAGAGAGGCCACAUCGCUGCUCGCAGUGUGGGAAGAGUUUUAUUCAAAAGGCUGAACUUCAAUUACACCAACGCAUCCACACAGGAGAGAAGCCAUAUCAAUGCUCAGAGUGUGGCAAGAGUUUCUCUCACAAGGAUUAUCUCAAACAACACUAUCACAUUCACACAGGUGAGAAGCCAUAUCUGUGCUCACAGUGUGGGAAGAGUUUUAUUCAGAAGAGUGCUCUACAGCAACACGAGCGCAUUCACACAGGAGAGAAGCCGUAUCACUGCUCGCAGUGUGAAAAGAGUUUUACUGACCCGAGAAAUCUUAAACAACACCAGCGUAUCCACACAGGAGAGAAGCCACAUCACUGCUCACAGUGUGGGAAGAGUUUUAUUCAAAAGAUUGAACUUCAGUUACACGAGCGCGUCCACACAGGAGAGAAGCCGUAUAAAUGCUCACAGUGUGGGAAGGGUUUUAAGCGAAAGGAUCAUCUCCUACAACACCAGAGCAUUCACACAGGAGAGAAGCCGUUUCACUGCUCACACUGUGGAAAAAGUUUUACUCAAAGGGGUGCACUUCAACAGCACGAGCGCAUUCACACAGGAGAGAGGCCACAUCACUGCUCUCAGUGUGGGAAGGGUUUUAUCCAAAAGAUUGAACUUCAAUUACACCAGCGCAUCCACACAGUAGAGACGCCAUCUCCUACAACACCAGAGCUUUCACAUAGUAGAGAAGCUGUAUCACUGUUCACAGUGAAGGAAGAGUUUUACUGACCCCAGUAGUUUCCGAAGGCAUCAGAGCAUUCACACAACUGCUUGAAGGCAUCAGAGCAUUCACACAGAAGCCUGCUUAAAAUAUAAUUUCUCACAGGACCAGGCUUGUGUGACAUAACAAUUUAACCUACACAGUCUUUACACAAUAUUACACUUCCCUCAUAUCUAGUGGUGUUUAUUCUGAUUAUUCUGUAUUACCAUACCUACCAACCUUUACACUUAGAAAUGUGAACUUUAGCAGGAAAAAACAAAAACAGAACUUUCAGUUUUUGGCAGAAAUUAACAAAGGCUGAAAUGUUUGAUCUUAAAAGUUUUAAUAGGCCUACAACAAAGUGUCAAAUCUUGACACUUAACUGACAAUUUAUGUUAAUGUUGAUAAUUAGAAUGUGACUAGAUAUGCUUUUUUGCUCUUUUACACAAUCAAUACUCACACUGGGCCUCAUUUAUCAAGAUGGAUAUGAAUAGAUUCAUUCAAAAUUUGUGUAUAGGAGCAUUUACACAAUUUGGUAUUAAUGGAAAACCUGAAAGUUCUGCAAAAUGUUUAUAUCCUACUCAUGCUUGUGUGUGUGUGUGUGUGUGUGUGUGUGUGUGUGUGUGUGUGUGUAAAUAUAUGCAUAAAACAUGAACUAAUGUAAACAUAAUUUGUUCAGGUUUGUUCAAAUAAUCUAAUUUGCUAUGAGUUACUGCGAUUUUAUAAAUGUCUUACACUGUCACUUUUACACCUACAGUAUAAGAUUAAAUAGCUUUUUUUUUUUUUACAUUUACCCAUACCAAAUUAACAUUUUGUGAAGCUUAGUCAUUUCAUAUUAAUGUUAUUACUGGGUUUUAUAAAAAUCAAGAAAGCAAUCCAGUGUGCAGUGCUGUGCAAAAGUCAUAGGCACAUGUUAAGAGCAGCUGUAGAGCAAGAAAGUCUUCAGAAUAAUAGAUAAAUAAUAAAAAGUAAGCACUAAACGGUUCUACAUUUUGAAAACAAUUAUAAAGAGCAGUGAACAGUAGCAAACUAAAGGUCAAUAUUUACUGUGGCAACCUU